AAUAUCCAAACGAAACGAGAUUCAAAUUGAUAAGGUAAAUUUCAGUGAUGCAGUUUCGUGUUCUCUAGUUGAAUGCAUCGCUGAAAAAUAAAAGUCCUUUUUUAUUUAUUUCGAAACCGCUUGAUCGAUAAAAGAAGUAUGAAUUCUGAUGAUAUAUCUAUCAAUACAACACAUUUUGGUAAAUCAACAAAAACAGUCCAAUAUGCUGCCACAAUAUCGGUUUGCUUCGCAGCACUCAGUGCUGGAACGGUGCUCGCAUGGUCAUCUCCAGCCAUUAGCGAAUUGGGAAUUCCAAAAUCGCUCAACUCAACGACAGAAGACGAUAUCAUGAAAAACAUCACAAGGAAUGGGAUACGAUUGACGAAAAAGGAAGAAGCUCUGCUUGGCUCUGUUCUGAAUUUAGGAGCACUGAUUUACGCCAUUCCUACUGGUUACAUCGCCGAUAAAUGGGGAAGAAAAAUGGCUAUUUACCUGUCAGCCUUCUCCUUUCUUUUAGGGUGGUUCCUCAUUGUUAUUGCGAAAAAUGUUACGACACUUUUGAUAGCGAGAUUUUUUAGUGGCAUGGGUUUAGGUGCAAUAUGCGUUGUGGCACCCAUGUAUGUAGGGGAAAUUGCUGAAAACUCCCUAAGAGCUACAUUGUCAUCAUAUUUUCAAAUAUUUCUCAGUCUUGGCAUUUUCGUAACUUUUGUUGUAGGUGCAAUAACGGAUUAUGUGACGAUGUCCCUUAUCCUUGCCAUUUUCCCAAUAAUUCUACUUAUAACUUUUCCGUUGAUGCCAGAAUCUCACGUUCAUUUGGUCAAAGUUAGAAAAAUUAACGAAGCUGAAAAAAGUCUCAUUCGGUUCAGAGGAAAUAAGCGAGGUUAUGAUAUAAAUGGUGAGAUGGAAAUCAUAAGACAAGAAGUGAAGAAGAGUUCCAACAAUUCGGGUAGUAUUACAGACAUAGUUUCUAACAAACCUAACAGAAACGCUAUGGUUGCUGUUUUAGGAAUGUUGAUUUUCCAGCAAAUGUGUGGAAUAAAUGCUAUCACUUUUUAUACAGAACAAAUUUUUGCUGAAGCAGAUGCUGGUGUCGAUCCCAGUCUUGGAGCUAUCAUAAUGGGUGCUCUCCAAUUUGUUGGAGGCUAUUUAGGGAUGGUCCUUAUAGAGAAAGCUGGUAGAAAGUUUUUCCUUAUACUAUCUUCCAUUGGCAUGAUGCUUGGCCUUUGUGUUCUUUCCGUGUUCUUUCACUUUCAACACUUGAAAUACAAUGUUUCAAGUUUUGAAUUCAUACCGGUAAUUUGUGCUGCAUUGUUCAUACUAUCGUUUACAAUGGCUUACGGAUCCAUCCCGUAUAUGAUGAUGCAUGAAUUGCUGUCUCCGGAAAUUAGGGCAAUAGGAAGUGGAAUUGCUAUUGUUGCAUGUUGGGUUACUUCCUUUCUUAUUACUUAUGCUUUUCCUUUGGCUUUAGUAUCAAUUGGAAAUUAUAUGACAUUUUAUAUACUGACUGCAGUAAAUGCAUUGGCGAUAAUUUUUGUAAUAUUUUUCGUGCCAGAGACAAGAGGAAGAACAUUAAUUGAAAUACAAGAAGUAUUAGCAAACCAAUGAGAUAUUUUUGAUGAAUCAUAACUAGCUCUGAAGAUUAGAAAAUAUCUUAUCUUAAUUUCCAUUCAUUUAUCAAUAAACAGGAAGUGAGAAGUAUUCGAUGAAAAAUUUUGAAAAGAUUUUUUCCCUAGUAUAUUAGGAAUCUCUAUGUAUAACUCUUGAUGAAAAGGUCAAAUUUUAGUGAACGAGCGAUAUGCCAUAUGUGAUGUUGAACAAUUUUUCCUUUUCACAUAGAAACGAUUCCAUUUAAUAUGUUAACCUCAAAUUAAUUUAACCACGAGAAAAAAACUUCCUGAGAAACCUGCCAGCCCAUGUUUUUUUACUGAUGUCAACUGGUUUUCAAACGAAUAGGUAAUUAGAUAUGUUAAGAAGAUGAAUCAUCAUGAUUUUCAAUAUAUUUUAAUAAAUAUGUAAGGAGACUUUUGUAUGUUAUCAAGUUACAUUGUAUGCCAAAGUGAUAGAAAUAAUUGAAUUUUGAAUUAAAGAGAAUUUGAAUGUUGAA